CCACCUCAACCUUACUAUGGAUCACAACCCAAAGGAACGUACCAAUUUAUACGAGAUACAAACAUUGGUAGAUUUAUACAAUGGAUCACUGGGGAAGUUCCAGAAUUUGUUCCCGUUCCCAAGCCCGAUUUACCUCCAAAACCACAGAUAAAAAAAGUAGAAGUCGACUCUGAUGAAGAACUUUCUAAUCACAUGA